UUUGUGAGUAGCGUCAUUCUGCAUUUUGCGAACCAAACUAAAUCAUCAUGCCUCCCAAGCCAAGUGGAAAAGGACAGAAGAAGGCCGGCAAAGCCAAGGGUGCGCCAAGCACCAACAAGAAGAGAAAGCGCAAGAGAAAGGAGAGCUAUGGCAUCUACAUCUAUAAGGUCAUGAAGCAGGUGCACCCCGACACCGGCAUCUCAAGCAAGGCCAUGAGCAUCAUGAACAGCUUCGUCAAUGACAUCUUCGAGCGUAUUGCCGCCGAGGCUUCCCGCCUGGCCCACUACAACAAGAAGUCCACCAUCACCAGCCGUGAGGUGCAGACCGCCGUCCGUCUCCUCCUGCCCGGUGAGCUGGCCAAGCACGCCGUCAGCGAAGGCACCAAGGCCGUCACCAAGUACACCACCUCCAAAUAAACGGUGUAUACUGAACGACAAUCAAACCAACCGGCUCUUUUCAGAGCCACUACAAUUUCAAAAAAGAGAUUAGAAUCGUGUCUGUGUUAUUUUUUUGCCUAAUUUGUCGAGUCGAUCGAACGCUAGUUAAGUUAUAGAUUCCACUUCCUUGACCCGUAGCCUAUCACAAAAUUAUUACAAAUAAUCUGUAAGCCAAUAAGUCUAUCAAUCUAUGCUACAAUGCAGUGUGGACUAGGCCUACUGUUUAGAUAAAAAGGGUUCAUGUUAAAAUUUUGUCGCCGAUCUUUCCAAAUUGAAAAUUAAUUUCCGCUCCCACUCCCAGGGACCAAGUCUCACUCUCGGGUAGACCUCCCCCGACCCACGAUGCGCCACACUCCGCUAGCCCUCUCAUUCUCAAAUCUCUUUCCGUUUUCAACCAAGUUCAAGGAUUCAUGACGUUAGCUUAGGCCUAUUAAACCAUUAAUUAUUUAAAGAUAGAACAUUUUUGGUACUUGUAAAGUGAGAAGAGCCGAAGGCUAGUACUAUAUUAAUUAAGUGAUAUUUUUGAGAAAAAAACUCGCCGCCCUUGA